AUGGCAGAACAGUUACACGACGCUAUCCGUGCGAUGUCUCUCCAUGAUGAUAAGCCCGUCGAUCUUCCUGAUAGCCCUAGUUUCCGAGUCUUCGACGAAAACGCGACGAGUCUCCUCGGCCGCCUCUUGAAUCCUGACUGUCAGCCUAUGAAUAAGAUGAUUGAAGACAUGUCGCGCGUGUGGAGAGUCUACGACCGUGUCCGUGGAAUUGCCUUAUCCCGUGAUAAAUUCCAGUUCAUUUUCCAGAGGGAAAAGGAUCAAGAGACAGUCCUAAAGGAUCGACCUUGGUCGUACAAUAACUGGACCAUGCUAAUGGACAGAUGGAUCCCUGCUCCUCCGAUUGGAGAGUGGGGGGAAGUCAUCGAAAUCGCUUAUGACCCAAAAGGCUCACAAAAGGAUACCUUCAUCCGAGCACAUGUGAAACUCAACAUUGCGGAUCCAGCUAUUGUGGCAAAAGUGGUCAAUCUUCCCACUGGUGGAAAGGUAACGAUUGAGUAUGCAUAUGAGAAAUUAAGGAAGUAUUGUUUCCAUUGUUUUCGCAUCACCCAUGAGAGACCAUCCUGUCCUUUCUUACGGAACCGAGCGCAUAUGGUUGGCCCUAGACCGAGACCAGAUCUCUCACCUAAAGCUCAUAUCACAGCCAGUCUCUCGCCUCCUCCAGGCUUUCCUCCCCUCUUUGCCGAGCUUCCGAGGGAAGAAAGGAAAAUGGCGUUGCAGUAUGUCGUGCACAAAGUGACGCUACAGAACGUCAAGCUCGCAUAG